CAGCGCCGUGGCAGAGGAGGUGUUACAAAAGGGUUCAUUAUUGGUGAUCAAUAGUUUAAGAUCCGGAGCAGUGGCAGCAUCAUCCUACUGAACCAAGUUUUUACAUCAUGGUUAUUCCUAAAUCAGCAGAUGAUCCCUCUUCCCAAAAUGACUGUUUGGGAACAUGCAGUUGCCAACAGCACAGUUCAAACCUGUUCUCUGAGUUUUCUGAAAGAGUAAGACAUCUUAGCUUCAAUGGAAAUAUAUCACUGGUCGACACCGGUCCCCAGUACGAGUCUCAGGAGUACGAUGAGAUGGACCCUCUGCUCCCCAAUGAGCUCUACGGUGGGUCCGGUACGUCCACGAGAGCAAAGCAUUCACAAGGAGGACCUGCAGAGUCAGCGUGCUCCAUGGUGCUGCAGGUCCUGGUGCCAUUUCUGCUGGCAGGGCUUGGAACGGUCUCAGCUGGGAUGCUGCUCGAUGUAGUUCAGAGCUGGGAUGUGUUCCAGGAAGUCACGGAGAUCUUCAUCCUGGUCCCUGCAGUUUUAGGCAUGAAGGGAAACUUGGAAAUGACGUUGGCUUCGAGACUCUGCACAGCCGUGAAUGCAGGAAAAAUGGAACCUGCAAGAGAAAAGUGGAUGCUGAUUGUUGGAAACCUGGCACUUAAGCAGCUACAAGCUACAGUUCUGGGUCUGUUGGCGUCUCUCAUGGCGAUUCUGCUGGGUUGGAUGGCAGAAGGAAAAAUGCCCUUAAAUCACAUAGUGCUGCUGUGUUCAACCAGUGUUUCCACUGCCUUUCUGGCAUCUCUCUUGCAGGGUAUUAUUAUGGUGGGAGUGAUAAUUGGCUCCAAGCGGGUGGGGAUGAACCCUGACAACGUGGCCACACCCAUGGCAGCCGGCUUGGGUGAUCUCAUCACUCUCGCCUUGUUGGCCUGCUUCAGUCAGUGGUUCUACUCCUUUAUGGACUUCUAUCCCUAUGUGUUGUACCUGGUCAAUCUAUUCUAUUUAUGCUUGAUACCUGCCUGGGUGGCCGUCUCCUCCAAGCACCCAGCCAGUCACAUCCUGCUCCGUUCAGGCUGGGAACCGAUCAUUACUGCGAUGGUCAUCAGCAGUAUAGGAGGACUCAUUCUGGACAAGACCUUGUCAGAUCCCAACAUGGCAGGAAUCAUACUGUUUGCUCCAGUCAUAAAUGGUGUUGGAGGAAACCUCGUCUCCGUACAGUCUAGCCGCAUUUCAACUAAUUUGCAUUUAAAUUACUCCCCUGGUGAGGUUCCCGAGGGCCGUGAAAGCUGCUUCAACCCCUUUCACACUUUCGUUGGUUCAGGAGCAAACCACAGAUCUGCUCAGAUUCUGCUCCUUUUGGUCCUACCUGGUCAACUAAUCUUCUUAUACACCAUUUACCUGAUGAAGGGAGGGCUAACUUUUCCCAGCCUUUUCUUCACAGUGUUCUUCUUGUCUGCUUCUCUGAUUCAAGUCCUCGUCCUGCUGUGCAUAGCUGACUGUAUGGUCCACUGUCUGUGGAGGAAGGGUAAAGAUCCCGACAGCUACUCCAUCCCCUACCUCACAGCCCUCGGAGACCUCCUGGGGACUGCUCUUCUCUCUCUUGCCUUUCUCCUACUGUGGUGCAUCGGUGACUCAGGCAGGAUAUGAAUUCAAAAUAAGAAAAGACUGAGAAAGAAGAAGUACUAUAGUACAUUGCCUAGUGUGCUGUGUUUUAAUGCGCUGAAUGUCUCUCUGCCACACAUUUUGCCCAUUUGUUGCACUGAUUUCAGUUUUAUAAUAAAUGUGUAAGCACUUUAUCAGAUUGUGUAGAAUUAGGAUUUAUAUUUAAAUUACAUGAUAAAUGACAUGAUUUCUUAAAUAAUGUCACCUUUUAUUAGGGUCCGAGCACUUACAGUGCGAAAGCAUUGUAUCUGUAAGAAUUUUUUUCCGACGAAAUGAGGGCCUUUUUGCCCCCCUAAACGUGCCGCAAAAGUCACUAAAUUUUGCACGCAAGCCAGGCCUGGCGAAAAAAUUCAAUAUUUAAUGGUUUGCAUUAAUGGGCGUGGCUUAAUGGCUCAACAGCGCCCCCUAGAAAACUUCGUGCCUCAAGCCCCACAAUACGGUUUGACGUACAUGCACGAAAAUCGGUACACACCUGUAUCAUGUCGCAACUUAAAGAGUUAAAGAGGCCAUGAGUGCGAGGGCCCGUUCAUCGCUGCUUGCAGCUUUAAUUUUAUUCAGAGAUUGAAGUGGUUCAUCACAUUAGUUUUAAGUUUUGGCACUGUUUUGUAAAAUGCAUUGUAAAUAAAUGUUGUUUUAAGAUAUUAAAAAGAAUUGGGAAAAUUAUCGUAAAAAUGUGCUCAUAGUGCUUCAUCUUGCAUGGGACGAUGCUGUUGUAAACAGAACUCAAACAGCAUGACUACUAAUUUUGAAUCUUAAUGCAAGAUACAGAUA